UGUUGCUGCUUCUGCUUGAGCUCCUCAGUUCAGGCGCUUGAAAGACGUGCAGCGGCAGCGAACAGGCGGUGUCUCCAGAGAGACCUUUGAAGCAGGAACCAGGGGUAAAUGACAAUCCAACAUGCUGAAGGAGUGACGCCUCUACUGGGAUAUACUUACAUCUUCCCUGGCAUCUUUACUUCUCAACCAAGCUCAGAGGAAACAACAGCCCAGCAGCUAAUUACGCUGUAAUAACCAGGCAUGAUGAGGAUCCCUGUGUUCUGUGUAGUGGUGCUAGCAUUCUUCUGUCACAGCGACAGCCUGGAAAUACAACCCUCCCUGUACGGAUCUACACGGUCUCAGGAAGCUAUCUUGAAUCCCAGCGACUGUUUAUCCAGAACCAGGCAGCAGCCGGUCUUUACAAACUUUCACAACUUCUCUGUGGAUUUAAGGAUGCCGGGUGUUACCCCGACUGGGUCGGACACUUACCUUUGCAUGGCAUAUCCUGUUCCAACUAGUCGAGAUGCAUAUAUUGUGGACUUCAUACCACAUGCCAGUAUGGACACAGUUCAUCACAUGCUGUUGUUUGGCUGCCAGACCCCUGUGUCCACCAAAAGCUUCUGGGAUUGCGGCAGUGUACAAGGCACUUGUGAGGACGUAGCCUCCAUUAUGUAUGCCUGGGCUCGGAAUGCACCCCCAACUAAAUUACCCAAAGAUGUUGGCUUUAAAGUUGGAAGAAACUCAGGAAUGUCCUACUUUGUGCUGCAGAUUCAUUAUGGAGAUGUUGGUGCUUUCAGAGACCAUCAUAAAGAUUGCUCAGGACUUUCCUUAAGAAUGACAACUAAACCGCAGCCAUUCAUUGCUGGCAUAUACCUGCUCAUGUCAGUGGACACAGUUAUUCUCCCGGGAAAAAAAGUUACAAAUGCGGAUAUCGCCUGUGACUACUCUUCAUAUCCCAUCUACCCGUUUGCCUUCAGGACCCAUACGCACCGCCUUGGUAAAGUAGUCAGUGGCUACAGAAUCCGUGAUGGAAAGUGGAGCCUGAUUGGGAGACAGUCCCCUCAGCUACCACAGGCUUUCUAUCCAGCUAACAAAGACGUGGAUGUGAAGUAUGGUGACACCGUUGCGGCCAGAUGUAUGUUUACUGGAGAGGGUAGAACCUCCAAAACUUACAUAGGGGGUACCUCUGAUGAUGAAAUGUGCAACUUCUACAUAAUGUAUUAUAUGGAUAGCAAAUAUGCUAUUCCCUACAUGAACUGCAUGGAGACUGGCUCCAAAGAGCUGUUUGAGCAUAUUCCAGCCGAGGCCAAUGUACCCAUCACAGCCAGUCCUGAUCAAAUGAACUCUAUGAUGCACAUGGGCCACUCGACAGGUACAGAUGAUCGAGAUCACGGAUCGAUGUUGGAUGGAAACAAAGCAGACAAGAUUCUGGAUCCGGACUUCCAUUUGGAGCAAGUCACAGCAUGGCCACAGGGUUCUCUGCAGCUGGGUCAAGUGUCAGGACUCGCAGUAGACUCAGACUCCAACUUGGUCAUUUUCCACAGAGGUGACCACCACUGGGGCGCAGACUCUUUUAACAGCCAGGCUAGAUACCAGCAGAGGUCCCUGGGGCCAAUACAGCAGUCUACUAUUUUGGUUGUGGACCCAGCAAAAGGAAACAUCUUGAAGGCUUCUGGCAGAAACAUGUUUUACUUGCCUCAUGGAAUAACUACAGACAAGGAGAAUAAUUACUGGGUGACUGAUGUGGCUCUUCAUCAGGUGUUAAAAGUGAGCAGUGAUGGCAGAGAUCAAGUCUUGGUGAAACUGGGAGAGGCUUUCACACCAGGGAGCGACAACGACCACUUUUGCAAGCCCACCGACGUGGCAGUUGACACCGAAACUGGGAACAUCUUUGUGUCUGAUGGCUACUGCAAUUCCAGGAUAAUUAAGUUCUCUGCUGAUGGCAAAUACCUGUCUGAGUGGGGUGCAGGCUCAUCGGAUAGAAGAAGACGCAUACCGUUCCGGAUCCCCCACAGCCUGGUGUUUCUUCCUGACAGAAAGGAAGUUUGUGUGGCUGACAGGGAGAAUGGACGUAUCCAGUGUUUCAUAGCUCAAACUGGAGAAUUUGUCAAGGAAAUAAAGAAAGAGGAGUUCGGAGGGGAGGUGUUUGCCAUCACCUACAGCCCUGCUGGGGGUGGCUUAAUCUUUGCAGUAAAUGGGGAAUCUCCGUUUCGCUCAGUUCCAGUCAGUGGUUUUGUAAUAAAUUAUUCAACCAAGGAUAUUUUGGAUACCUUCAGCCCAAACAAAAAGGACUUUAAAAUGCCUCACGACAUAGUUGAAACCAAGGAUGGCAGCGUGUUUGUCGGGGAUGCAGGCAGCCAGUCGGUCUUCAAAUUCACCACUCUGAAGUUGCAUCGCUCUGUCAAGAAAGCUGGAAUCAAGGUUGAAGAACUUGAAGAAAUGGAGGCAUUUGUCCGAACCAAUGUGAGUCCAGGUGACAACAUGUUGAAGACGGCAGUCGUUCAAGAGAAGCAAACUGCGUCUAAACAAACUCAACCAGAGGCGAAGCCAAAAGAAGAGAAGAAGAGUGCAGCAAAGCCAAACAUAGAGAAGGGAGUUCUCCCAGCCAUCGUCACCACCCUGCUGCUCAUCCCUCUGCUGGUUGUCAUCUCCAUAGGACUCUUCAUUUGCUGGAAGAAAAAUAGUCAAUGUGAGGUGAAGACUGAACCCAACACUGGGGUCGGGAUCUUGGGAAAAAUAAGAGGUAAAGCAGUGGGCAGUCUGAACCUGGGGAACUUCUUCGCGUCCCAUAAAGGUUACAGUCGUCAAGGCUUUGACCAGCUGAGUACUGAAGGCAGCGACCAAGAGAGGAACGAUGAGGACAGCAGCGACUCUGAGAAUGAGGAAUACUCUGCUCUGCCGCCACCUCAGUCAUCCUCUUAGACGCUCUGGGGUCAGCCGCUAACUUCCUGCUUACAUUGCUGAGAUGUGAUUAUUCAUCAUUUGUGUAACUGUUGUAUCAGCUGCCAGUCUUACUGUUUAUAUAUUUAAAUAUGUUGUUGUAUAUACAAAUUAUUUGGCAUAAUUUAGGUAAUUUAUUUUAUCCUAAUUUAUUUUUACCCCUGGCCUAGAUAACGCCUUGGUGACACGAUUCACCCAAGUCACUGUUUGUUUUCCAAAAAUCUAACUUUCUUUUAUGGUUUUAUCAGCACAGUCCACAGGACAAAUGUGGCCAUUCAGUUAAACUUUUAGAACAGUUUCGGCUCAACCAUUUCUGAUUUGCCUGAAAAAUCAAUAGCAUAAAAUAUAUAUAUAUAUAUAUAUAAAAGAUAUUUGUAAAGGUAUUUAUAUAUU